AUGAACACUUCUUCAAGAUGCCCAAAUCUACUCGCGUCUGGGUCAGCUUAUGCAAAAUCUUUUCUUAAUCAAGUGCCUUUGCGAUCCUUUUCGUCGACCCCUCCACAAAAUGUACGAAAAGCUACCAGAGCAAGGCGAGCGCUCUUCAGGUGGCUUGGCACACAAGGAGAGAACUUCAGACAUCCAUUAGAAAACUCAACAAAUUAUAUAAGCGCCUACACUAUGGAUGGUAAAUUAAAGAGAGUCGUGGAGGCUGGAGCGGAUGCGAAGGAGAGAGGUCCAACACCUGAAAGUCAAGACGAACCCGAUGCGGCUGGCAACAAGAAAUUACCGGAGCCAUCAUUGAGAGAUAUGCUACCAUUCCCAGGCAAUCGAAAGUUCAUAAGUCAAUCUGUGCUGAGUGAAGAAAUGCGAGAGCUCAUUUGGACAAGAAUCAUGCAAGAUGCUCAGUCGGUGAGAGAAGUGAGUGCCGACCUUGGUGUCGAAAUGAGUCGUGUGGGAGCAGUCGUGCGUCUAAAAGAGUUAGAGAAACAAUGGGAACAAUUGGGGAAACCUCUUGCAAGGCCAUACGCUGACGCUGUUAUGACAAUGGUUCCAUUAACUCACCUAAGUCCAACAGCCACACACGAGUCGAUUAAUGAUCUACCUGUUCACGUAGCAACUGGACAACAGAUUUUUCACCCCACUUCAGAAUCGAGACAUUUCACGCGAGAGGAUGCUGCAAAGAUCUUCAGCGAGAAACUCCUCCCUGCAGAUAAAAGAAUACCACAUCCCGAAUUGAUUGAGAUGCACAAAGACUACAAAGCUGGAUUGUCCCGAGAAGAACGAACCGCGCGGAAAGCUGCGAGAGAUGAAGCGGAAGAUCAAGUGAGGCAACGUAUAGCUAAUCGCAAGGCGAACGAGAACGCCAAGAUAACGAAAGUCAAUACACCGAGAUGGGAAUUCAGGAUUAAGGAAAUUAAUGUUGACGACAUUGGUAAAGAUGGUAGAGGAGCGCAGGGAACAGGCUGGAGGUAUGGAAGGCCUUUGAUGGACAGAAAGAGAGGACAGGUCAAGAUCCCUACAAGUGUCCAAUAA